UUUAUUUCUUUUUCUAUUUAUUUAGUUAAUUACUUAGAAAAAUAAAAAGACAAACUUAAGAAAAGUCUACAACUUUCCUUCUUCCUCUCUCCUUCUUUCGAAGCCCUAGAAACCAGUUGCAACAAAGAGCAUUCUUUAUCAAUUUCACCAUUUCCUAAGAAGGACUAGAAGUUGUUCAAGCUUUGGGUUGGCAAUAUCCUAACAUGGAUCAAUAUUAUUCAAUAGUGGCUGCGUACAACCAUGCUUUUAAAAAUCAUAAUAAUUAUGAGGUAUAUGCAUGCGUUUACUCUGCUGAGAUAUAUUAAUUAAAUAAAAAGAGGCCAUACAACAAGAAAGAACAAAGAGUAGAGGAGAAGAAACCAAUAAAUAUAAAAAUGAGACUCUAACAUAAGCAAUGACCAAGUCACUUAAUAAUCUAUAUAUGUAUCCAAGUGUGUUAUAUAAUAACUAAUAGUACACAACAAUAUUAUCAAAAGACCAAUUACAAGUUCAGCCAUAAUGGAAGACAAAGUGGUGUUAUUGGAUUUCUGGCCAAGCUCUUAUGCAAUGAGAGUAAAAAUCGCCUUAGCUGAGAAAGAUAUUCAAUACGAGGUCAAAGAAGAAAACUUAUCCAACAAGAGCUCUCUUCUUCUUGAAAUGAACCCAGUUCACAGCAUGAUCCCAGUUCUCAUUCACAACGGAAAACCCAUUUGUGAGUCACUAAACAUCGUUUACUACAUCGAUCAAGUUUGGUCUCAUAAAUCUCCUCUGCUUCCCUCUGACCCUUAUCAACAAUCCCAGGCCAGAUUUUGGGCCGACUACAUCGACAAGAAGAUAUAUUCACUUGGUAAGAGGGUGUGGAAAUCUAAAGGGGAUGAACAAGAGGCUGUAAAGAAGGAAUUUAUUGAGAACUUAAAGACCUUAGAAGGAGAGCUUGGUGACAAGCUUUACUUUGGUGGUGAUAAGUUUGGAUUGGUGGAUUUGGCUUUAGUUCCCAUCACAAGUUGGUUUUACUCCUUUGAGAUUUGUGCUAAUUACAGCACUGAGUCCGAGUGUCCCAAGAUUGUAGAGUGGGCCAAAAGAUGCAUGGAGAAAGAUAGUGUGGCCAAGUCUCUUCCUCACCCCAACAAAAUCUACGACUUUGUUUUGUUACUUAAGAAAAUAUAUGGCUUGUAAUACAUUUGGAAACAAAAGAAGCAAAAGAAAAAAAAUGUACUUGCUAGUGUGUACUUUUAUAAAUAAUAAUAAGAAUAAAUAUAUGUAUAAAUAGUAAUCUAAUGAGAAAUUAUAAGAUUUUGUA